GAGUAACUACAUACCAAGUACCUCUCCCCACCUCAAGCGAUAGUCCAUAAAGGUCUAUUCCCGGAAUAUCUCCUUUACCCCUAUACAAUACUGCUGGAGUGACGCGGAUGCCGUGACUUGACCCCCCCCCACGUGAUAUUAGUUAGUUGGUGAAUAUCGUGCCAUCAGGAGAUGUGAGUUGGUGUCUGACGGCACGGUCGCGUUUUUCACGGAGUUGCCAACUAUCUGGACAUAUCCUUAAUUCUCUCCCCCCUUCCCAGAACACACAUCUGUUGGUGUUCUUCAUCAUGGCGACCUUGGUGGUGCAGCAGCAGACCCUGAGGCAUGCGACUCCUCCGCCUCUUGCCCCAGCGUUGACUCUCAGUCCGCCGCCGACGGUUAUCCCUAACAAACACCUGCCUGUGUGCCCAACGGGCCCUGUGAAAGCCCCUUUGAAGGCCCCCCUCGUCUUGAGAGACUCGUUGCCAACUCCCUCGUUGUUGUACCCCCCCGAUGCCUUCCCCCGGGCCUCGAGUGUUCUGCCGGUGUACUCCAUCGACGCCGAGACUCUACGGGCGGCCGUCGAUCUGCAUGCCUCGCAGCCAUUGCCGGACCCGAGCCUGAUGUUCCCCUGGCUGCAUGGCUUGCACCCAGAGAACCAGAUCCAACUGGCAUUCUUUGUCCAUCGGAGACGCUCCUUGCGCCGAUCACCCAAGUGCUGGAGAGGGAUCACUAUCGUGAAGGCCGGGGGGAACCUUGCUACGGCCAGGCUCAAGGGCGCCAUCGCCCCGGAGGAGAUCCUUACCCCGUCCGGCAUUGAUUUCCUGAUCGCAGACCCGCCCCAAGGGUUCUCUGUCCGGAACUUUCAGAUCCAGACGGCCAAGCUCGCUCCCAUGUCCGAUAUAGUGGUCUAUGGAGGCGAUGACGUCAGUCAGAAAGAUAUCUUGACGCUGGCAGAGCAGAUCGCCAUCGCGCAGCAGAACUGGAGGAUCAAAUUUGACGGGGACCGUGAGGUUCCUCUCUACAAUACUUUUGUCGUUUCCAAUUCCUUCCGGGACAUAGAGAAGCGAUGUCCCAGCCUGAUUGCGUUCAACACUCAGGGACAGAUGACUGGCCAGGUUGUCGAUUUCUUUCACUGUGAACGGCUGGAAAUGUGCACCAUGGCAAAGGCCUCGGAGAUAUCGACCAACGUAUGGCAAGGUCCAACCCCGGAUCACUUGCUCCGACCCAGCUUGUUGGGUGCAGAGGCCGACGACAAUUUCGACCUCCUAGUCGAAGCUAGCGAUGUGGCCAGUAUGCCUGGCACCCGACUUCUCGCGACGCUCAGCAAACAGCUAGCCGAGGGCCCCCAGCGUCUGGAGUUUCCGUCUUCGGGGUCCAUUGUCGCGUCUGGAGAUUCCCGAGAGACAGACAGUCUCGUGAACACCUUGCGGUGGCUUUAUUCCUUGGCCAAUCCUCACCAGUCUCCUCUUACUCCCGACUUGGCCGCCGACACCGACGUCGACGCUGACGGGGAUAUCCCCAUGGUCAAUUUUGGCAAGAAACCCUGCAAGAUCCUGAUCCAUUGCGCUGACGGGUACACCGAGAGCUCGCUGUUGACCAUCGCGUACUACAUGUUCGCCCACGGAGUCCCUGCCCACGAGGCCUGGCUGAAGCUGCACUGCGACCAGAAGCGCAACUUUUUCGCCUACCCGACCGACGUGGAAUUUCUGAAGAGCAUUCAAGCCCGCGUAUUGCAGGAGAGCCCAGCAGCCCAGGCCGCCCAUCUGACCUGCCUGCCCGACCCAGUCUGGUUCGCUGCUCUGGACGGCUCUCUCCCAAGCCGAAUCCUGCCUUACAUGUAUCUGGGUAACCUGGCGCACGCCAAUAACGCAGCUCUCCUGUGGGAGCUUGGGAUCCGCCGCGUCUUGAGCAUCGGCGAGGCUGUGAGUUGGACUCGGGCCGACCUGGCCCGCUUCGGCGUCGAGAAUUUGAUGUAUAUUGGCCAGGUGCAGGAUAACGGCAUCGAUCCGUUGACCCAGGAAUUUGCUGCCUGCUUGGACUUUAUCCGUCGUGGAAAACAGGAUGGUGGCGCUACCUUGGUUCACUGCCGUGUCGGUGUCUCCAGGUCUGCGACAAUCUGUAUUGCUGAGGUCAUGGCAACCAUGGGACUCUCUUUUCCACGAGCAUACUGCUAUGUACGAGCGAGAAGACUGAAUGUGAUUAUCCAGCCACAUCUGCGCUUCCAGCUCGAAAAGCAGAACAAACCCAUCAAGCGCGAUCUCGAAUGGCCUACUAUUGCCCGUGAAAUCGCCCUGAUGAAUAAGCCUUAUUCUCGAUAGAAUGGUCUAUCUUGACUGGGCUAUCUCUUAAGUUUGCAAACUUUCAUCUUGAUAUGUGAUCUAGGAUCUAUACAUAUUUCUAGUCCGUCCAGGACGUUGUUGUGCAGGGGGGGGGGGAGGGGGCGGAAAAAAGUCCCAGAGGAAAAGUGAGCAUUGAACGAACAAAGUGAAAUGAGUAAUGAUGGAUAAUGACUUGACUUUUCAACCUUGAUUUUAUGUGAUUUGAUUUGAUCUUUGGCGCAUCGGUGUCUGGUGUUUAUCUCUACUAACUUCUGUUAUUCUAUUCAUCUCUGAUCCGGGUUGUUUUCUAUGUGACUUUGAACUGCUGGCUGGCUGGCUGUACCGUUACCGAUCAAUCUAUUUCCCACUGGUUUAUAUCUGACUA